CUGGGGAUGGAGAGGAAGGAGAGGAAGGAGAGGAAGGAGAGGAAGGAGAGGAAGGAGAGGAAGGAGAGGAAGGAGAGGAAGGAGAGGAAGGAGAGGAAGGAGAGGAAGGAGAGGAAGGAGAGGAAGGAAAGGAAAGAGAGGGAGGAGAGGAAGGAGAGGAAGGAGAGGAAGGAGAGGAAGGAGAGGAAGGAGAGGAAGGAGAGGAAGGAGAGGAAGGAGAGGAAGGAGAGGAAGGAGAGGAAGGAGAGGAAGGAGAGGAAGGAGAGGAAGGAGAGGAAGGAGAGGAAGGAGAGGAAGGAGAGGAAGGAGAGGAAGGAGAGGAAGGAGAGGAAGGAGAGGAAGGAGAGGAAGGAGAGGAAGGAGAGGAAGGAGAGGAAGGAGAGGAAGGAGAGGAAGGAGAGGAAGGAGAGGAAGGAGAGGAAGGAGAGGAAGGAGAGGAAGGAGUGGUGGGAGUUUGAACGCCCAUGGGCUGACCAGGUGGAGGUGCACGGGUGGUGGGAGUGAUGAGUGAUGGGUGAUUAUGACGCGG